AUGAAUGGUGCCCCCAGGAGGCCCCAGUUCGCGGUCAUUUGCCAGGGUGGCCCCAGGAAACUCACCAAGGCCCCUGCCCAGAACCCCUUGUCCGCUCUGCUUCCUCCUGCCCCCUUCCCCACCUCAGGCCCACCCCUGCGUGUGACCCUCUCCCCAAGCCUCAGGGCCCUGCGCGGCUCUGCUCUGGCUGUCGCGAGAAUCAGGAUUGCGCUGUUGCUCAUCAUGGCUCUCCUCAGUGAUUUUGACUCUUCAACACACCACAUUAAGAGGUCGGGGGACAGGACCUCCAGCCUGGAGGCCAAGGAAAGAGUCCCCGGCAGCCUGGCCGGCCCCGGGCAGCUCGGCUCUGCCCUCCACAGGGCUGAACUGGCGCUGCCCCAAGGGCGUGGGGCCGGACCCCGAGCCGCCUCUGAAACCUGCGUGUGCGGGCCGGCGUGCCAGGCCCCGAGCCCCGUGCGCGUGGCCCCCCGCGCGCCUGCGGGCCCCCCCUGCGCGCGCUUUCGUAUUCCUCCUGCGUGCCACGGUGCCCACCCCCGCGUGUGCCGCCGUGCCCUCUCCCGCGUCUCGGGGCCCCCUUCUGCCUCCGUGCCCCCGUCCUCCGCACCUCCCCCGCGUCUCCAGCCGGGGAGGGAGCCCCCCCCCCGCGCGCGCUCCCGCCAGUGUUUUCGGACUGCACCAGCCCCGGAGCCCCGCGGCGCCGCGGCCGGCCGGGCGGAGGCUCCUCAUCCGCCGCCGCCGCCGCCGCCGCCGCCCGCGCCCGCACCGCACCCGCCCCGGCCCGGCACUCGCGCCCGCCCCGGGCCCGCGGCUGCGGCUGCGGCGGUGGGCGCUCAGCGGCCGGAGGGCAGGGCGCGCUCCGCACCUGCGGCGGCCGCUCGGGCGAUGGCGCGGCGCGGCCCGGGGCCCCGGGCGCCCUGA